AUGAUGAAACUAAAGACUGAGAACGAAAUUUAUGCUACGAAGCUACCGAAAUUACAAGCUGAACUUUUACUAGAGACAUCGCAAGUAGAUGAAACACAGGCACACUCUGUACAGACCCAGUUGGUAUUAUCACAGCUGAAGGCACGGUCUCAUGUCCUCCAGACUCGAACUCAUUCUCUCGAGACGCAGAACAACAAGCUGACACAACAGCUACGAGAGUGUCAGCAACACUUGAAGCGGAAGACUGCAGCAUUGCAGCAACAGACCGAGAAGGCGAUUCGAAUUGAGACCGACAUGAACGAACUCAAGACCACGUACGCCCACGAAAAACUUGCUUGGAAGAACCGGUUGACAGCUGCUUUACAGCGUUUUGAACACGAUAAAAACAAGUUAGAAACUCAGUUCGAAACUGCAGAGAGAAAAGAGUUCCGUGAGGCGAAGGACAGAGCGGAGAAAGCUGGUAAGAAGCGACGAAUGGCAGAAGCCACGACAGCUAAGUUGGAAGCAAGGUUGAAGCAAUGCAAGCACGAACUCUCAUCUGCUAAUGACACGGCUCAACGUCGAACAAACGAAGUACGAACUCUCGAGGCUCUACUGCGCAAGGCACACCGUACUGAAGCCACGCUUCGCAACGAUUUAGCCGUCUGUAAGACUAGACUACGCUCUCUUCAGGAUGUGAAGAAGCGUAGCAUGGCACGUUCUGCUAUUGGGGAAACUCGUCGUCAUCGACUUAGAAAUCAGAUUCCUGUUGAGAUGCUGCUACAAGUAACUUACAGUAGCGACGAAGAAGAACAAGAGAACCAGGUGAAUGAGAGUUGUGACCAUGUUCACGCUUCCAUUAAAGACCCCCCACCCUCACCCUGUAGUGAAUGUCCUCUGCUUGAAGACGAGCUACAACAAUUGAAACAAGAACUUCGUCGCUUGAGAUCACUUCACGUCACUGAGCUGAAUGCUCAGGCGUCAGUACUGGAUGCGUUGCUGCAACACACAAAAGACAACAGAUAG